AUAUUACUCAUCCACAGAACCCCUCAAAUUAUUAGAAGCUGAGAGAGAAACUAUGAGAGAGAAGGUCCAAACAAAUGCCCCUUAUAACGAAUCAAAUAAAUCUUGAGGAACUUGUGGUGCUCAUCCUCUCUCUCUCUCUCUCUCUCUCUCUCUCUCUCUCUCUCUCUCUCUCUUCAUACACACCUCCACUGCAAAACCUAAUUAGAAGAAGAAGCAUCUCCUCUUCUCUUUCUAUAACCUCCCAUGCAAUGAUUAGUUUUACGUACUCACAUACACAUGGCACUUCUCUAGCUAUAUGAACACACAUACAUAGCCUCCCUUCAAAUAGGCAAUCUCUUAACUUAAACGCGCACUUUCCUCUUUCUUGUUUGCUGGGAAUGCUCGCGGUGUCGCCGUUGAGGAGCUCCCACGGAGGAGAGAGGGGUUGUGAUGGGGAUGUGGGCGGCAGCGGCUUCGUCGACGACUUCUCCAUCAUCGGUGACGGCGGUGACGACAUGCUCGACGACAUCGACUUCAGCGAGCUCUUCGUGGGGCUCGAGGACGGCGACAUACUCCCCGACCUGGAGGUCGACCCGGCGGAGAUCCUCGCAGAGCUCUCGGCCUGCGAGCCUUCUUCGGUCGCGACACGUACGUCGGCGGAGGAGGGGUUGGUGAGAGAGGAGGAGUACAAUAAGGGGGGUGGUGGUGGGGGUGAGGAGGAGGAGGAGGAUAAGGAGGUUGUGACCAUGGCGGAGAUGCGGAGGAGGGAGGGUGAUGCGUCGACCGAUGGUAACGCGGUGGCAGCGGACACGAGGUCGUCGUCGUCGUUGUCGUCAUCGUCGUCGGAGGGGGAUAAUAGGCGGAGGAAGUCUCCGUCCGCGGCGGCAGCGACGGCGAAGAAUUCGCAAGGGAAGCGGAAAGUGAAGGUGGAUUGGACGCCGGAGCUGCACCGGAGAUUCGUUCAAGCGGUGGAGCAGCUCGGGGUCGACAAGGCGGUGCCGUCGAGGAUUCUGGAGCUCAUGGGGAUCGAUUGCCUCACGCGCCACAACGUCGCGAGCCAUUUACAGAAAUAUAGGUCUCACCGGAAGCAUUUGCUGGCAAGGGAGGCCGAGGCAGCGCAGUGGAGCCAAAGGCGGCAAAUGUACGGCGUAGGCGGCCCCAGCGGCGGUGUGAAGAGGGACGUGAACCCAUGGCUCGCGCCGACAAUCGGCUUCCCUCCGCCCCCUCCAGUCCCGCAUUUCCGGCCUUUACAUGUGUGGGGACAUCCGACGGUCGAUCCGCCAUUGGUUCAUAUGUGGGCACGGCAUCUGGCCCCUCGGUCUCCUUCACCGCCGUGGCCUCCUCAGGCCCCGGUUCCUCCGCCGCCACCGCCCGAUCCUUCUUAUUGGCACCACCACUACCAAAGGGGUGCACAUAGCUUGACUCAAGGAACUCCGUGCUUCCCUCAGGCAUUGCCAGUAAUGAGGUUUCCUGCUUCUGCGGUGCCCGCCGUCAUUCCGCAUCCCAUGUACAGGCCAAUUCCUCCUCCUACAACCGCCAAGAACGCGAGCUCGCAAGUUCCGUUAGAUCCUCACCCAUCAAAGGAGAGCGUAGACGCAGCUAUUGGAGACGUUUUAGCAAAGCCAUGGUUGCCACUUCCUCUUGGGUUGAAGGCCCCAUCAACAGAGAGUGUUAUGAUGGAGCUACAAAAGCAAGGAAUAUCAAAAGUUCCCCCAACAUGUGGCUCAUCAUGUGGGAAUUACUCCGUACUAACAACUACUGCAUCAUGAUCACUCUCAUGCAUAUAUAUAUAUAUAUAUAUAUAUAUAUAUAUAUAUAUAUAUAUAUAUAUAUAUAUAUAUAUA